AUGAAUCAUUCGCCAUUCCCCCAGACAAGGACUCAAGGCAUACUGCAUAAUCAGCUCCACUUGCGCCUGCGCCCCCCAUUGCCUUCCCUUGGCUUCCGUUCGCCGCGGGCAGUCACCACUCACCUGGCUCCUUCCCUCUCGAACCGACCUCCGUUACCUUGGUAUUUAAAUACCGUCAACUUCUCCUCCAAAUUUCUUCAACUUCUCCCAUAUCCAUCCAUCUCUAUCACACAUCUCACACUCACUGGUCCAUCAGCGACACAGUUUACAAUCAAACAACCAUCAACAUCAACACCGACUACCACAUCAUCAGACAAAUACAGCAGCGAAGUCGCCAACAUGCAGAUCUUCGUCAAGACCCUCACCGGCAAGACCAUCACUCUUGAGGUCGAGUCCUCCGAUACCAUUGACAACGUCAAGUCCAAGAUCCAGGACAAGGAGGGCAUUCCUCCCGACCAGCAACGUCUCAUUUUCGCUGGCAAGCAGCUCGAGGAUGGCCGCACCUUGAGCGAUUACAACAUCCAGAAGGAGUCCACCCUCCACCUGGUUCUCCGCCUGCGUGGUGGUAUGCAGAUUUUCGUCAAGACCCUGACCGGCAAGACCAUCACUCUUGAGGUUGAGUCCUCUGACACCAUCGACAACGUCAAGUCCAAGAUCCAGGACAAGGAGGGCAUCCCCCCCGACCAGCAGCGCUUGAUCUUCGCCGGCAAGCAGCUUGAGGACGGCCGCACUCUUUCCGACUACAACAUCCAGAAGGAGAGCACUCUUCACUUGGUGCUCCGUCUUCGCGGUGGUAUGCAGAUUUUCGUCAAGACUCUUACUGGAAAGACAAUUACGCUCGAGGUUGAGUCUUCCGACACUAUCGACAACGUCAAGUCUAAGAUUCAGGACAAGGAGGGUAUUCCUCCUGACCAGCAGCGUUUGAUCUUCGCCGGAAAGCAGCUCGAGGAUGGUCGCACACUGUCAGACUACAACAUUCAAAAGGAAUCCACCCUGCAUCUCGUCCUGCGUCUGCGUGGAGGUAUGCAGAUCUUCGUCAAGACUCUCACUGGAAAGACCAUUACCCUGGAAGUCGAAUCUUCGGAUACCAUUGACAACGUCAAGUCCAAGAUCCAGGACAAGGAGGGUAUCCCCCCCGACCAGCAGCGUCUCAUUUUCGCUGGUAAGCAGUUGGAGGAUGGCCGUACCUUGAGCGACUACAACAUCCAGAAGGAAUCUACCCUGCAUCUCGUCCUGCGUCUGCGCGGCGGUCAGUAA